AUGAUGAGCGAGGUUUCUUUAGAUUGGCCCCUGAGCAAGGAGGAGCAGAAAAAGAGGAUCAUGCGACUGUAUGACAAGGAUGUCCAAGCUGCCAACGAGCUACUCCAUUCUGGGGAGGCGGCCUUGAAGGUGGCCUUGAAGGCCUUGCACCAGAAGCUGAAGGAUAGCCAAGGGGAGGGCAGCACGGCUUCUCAGGACACGACUUGUCCAGAGCAGAGACACCCUGGAGGCCGUGAGGCUGUGACGUCGAUCCGGUCAGAACCGGAAGAACCCAAGACGCCGACCUCGCCUGCCUGCACCGAGCAAACGGAGCAAACAGAAGAGGCGGCGGAGGAAACUCCGGAGGACGGCGAAAAUGCGGCGGAAGCUGCAGCGCGUUUGCAGCAUGCCAUCGUGGACGCCGCUGCUGCGCUGGCUUCCCUGUUUGGGACUUCAUCCUUGUCUUCCGUGCUGGUGGGCAUUGCUGCCGACGCAGACAAGGACAGCCCAGAGGAGUGCAGUGAG